AUUUUUGUCCAAAAGGUGAACCUAUCCUUUAACCACUUGCCGCCCAGCCUAUAGUACAAUGAUGGCCAGGCAAACACUUCGUUCCUCCGGGAAGGCGUCAUAUGACGUCCUUCCCGGAUCGCGCUUUGGUGAGAUCUGUCACCGGCCAUUUACCUUGGACACGUCCGAUGACAGAUCUGUGUACCGGCCCCGAUUGCUGUACAGGACCAGUGUGUGAGAUCCCAAUUUAUGUGAUCACUGAUUGGCCAAUCAGUGAUCACAUGAACAGUAGUAAACAAGAUGUCACUUGUUGACAUCAUUGUUUACUGCUUGUGAAAUCUGUGAAUGAUCACAGAGGUCACAUGGUACAAGGCUAUUCACAAAAGCCUUGUACCA